AUGGAGGGCAAGCAAACUAGGGGUCGUCGGAAAAUUGAAAUGAAAAAGAUAGAAAACGCUGAUGAUAGGUAUGCUAGCUUCUCCAAACGUAAGAAUGGAAUGUACAAGAAAGCUAGUGAACUUUGCACCUUGUGCUCGACCGACAUUGGCAUACUCAUAUUUUCACCAACAAAUAAGCCUUAUUCUUUUUUCCAUCCAACUAUGGAAACUGUUCUUAAUCGAUUCCACAAAAAAGACCAGCAACCCGAUCCUACACAGCAACUUAUUGAGGCAUAUACUCGAGCUAACGUUGAUAGACUCAACAAACAACUUGACGAGCUUGAUGCUCAGAUGGAGAUUGAGUCAAAUAGGGCUAAGCAUUUGGAUCAAAUUGGUGCUCCAAAAGACCCGUUUGCUUGGUUGCCCACCCCCAUUCAGGAAAUGGAUGAGGAGAUGGUUGCAAAAGUUGAAGCUUGGGUAGAUGACAUGCUUGUCCAGUUACAAAACCAUGCAAAUGAGUUGAACAAGGGAGCUUCUUCAUCAGCUGCUGUUCCUCAAGCUGCUGGCCCUUCUGCAUCAGCUUAUGUCCCCAUACAAGAUUUUGGUUUUGGAACAGCUUCUUCAUCAGCUGGUUUUCAUCCACAAGAUUAUACUUUUGGAGGUUCUUCAUCAGCUUUUGUUCCUCCAAAAGAUUUUAACGUUGGAGGUUCUUCAUCCGCUUUUGUUCCUCCAAAAGAUUUUAACGUUGGAGGUUCUUCAUCGGCUUUUGUUCCUCCAAAAGAUUUUAAUGUUGGAGGUUCUUCAUCAGCUUUUGUUCCUCCAAAAGAUUUCAAUGUUGGAGGUUCGUCAUCAGCUUUUGUUGCUCCGAAAGAUUUCAAUAUUGGAAGUUCUUCGUCAGCUUUUGUUCCUCCAAAAAAUUUCAAUAUUGGAGGUUCGUCAUCAGCUUUUGUUCCUGCAAAAGAUUUCAAUGUUGGAGGUUCUUCGUCAGCUUUUGUUCCUCCAAAAGAUUUCAAUGUUGGAGGUUCUUCAUCAGCAUUUUUUCCUCCAAAAGCUUUGAAUGUUGGAGGUUCUUCAUCAGCUUUUGUUCCUUCAAACUAUUUUAAUGUUGGAGGUUCUUCAUCAGCUUUUGUUCCUCCAGAAGAUUUUAAUCUUGGAGCUCCUUCAUCGGGUGUUGCACCUCCAGAAGGUUUUAAUCUUGGAGCUCCUUCAUCAGCUGUUGCUCCUGUAGCAGAUUCUAGCUUUGGAGUUUCUUCAGAAGAUUUUACUUUUGGGACUUCUUCAUCAGCUUUUGUUUCUUCCGAAGAUUUUAAUCUUGGAGCUUCUUCAUCAGCUGCUAUUCCUCCAGAAGGUUAUAGUUUUGAAGAAUUUUAUUAUGAAGCUGCUUCAUCACUUGGUGUCGCUCCUGAAGAUUUUUAUUCUGAAGUUUCACCCCCAUUUGUUCUUCCGCGAGAUGAUUUUAACUAUGAAACUUCAUCAAUUACUCCUAUGGAAAGUUAUAAUUUUGAAGCUCCGUCAAUUAUUCCUCCACCAGAAGAUUUUAGUGUUGGAGCUUCUUCAUCACCUAUUCCUCCACCAGAGGAUUUUACUGCUGGAGCAUCUUCAUCACCCAUUCCUCCACCAGAAGAUUUUGGUGCUGGACCCUCUUCAUCACCUUUUCCUCCAAAAAACUCUAAUCCAUAG